AUGACGGACCAAGCACUAAUGGCGUGCUAUAAAGAAAGCUUGAUCAAUAUGAAAAGAUUUAGCGGUGAUGGAACACGUACAAUCGAUCAGUUUUUCAGCAAUAUUGAACGCAUUGGAAGCAUAGUCAACGCACAAGAGUAUGUGUUAUAUUGUAUGGCAACAUCAAAACUGGAUGCCGAAGCAGCCCGGUGGUACGAAAACAAUUCAACAAUAAUCACAACAUGGUCAACGCUCAAAGCCGCUAUGACCGAACGAUUUAAACCAUUGGAAUCAGCAUCAAAAGCAUUUCAAAAAUUAAUUGAACGGAAACAACAACCAGACGAAUCGGUUACGAAUUAUUAUGAUUCCAUUGUUAAAUUAUGUAGCAAAUAUGAUCCAAAAAUGCCCACGAAAAUGAUAGUGUCUUGUUUGGAAAAUGGAAUUAAAACAGAAUUGAAAACACAAAUCAAACGACAAAUGAAACUGAUAUCGGAAGACGAAUGGACACCACAAAUUUUUUUGAAAGUAGCAAGGAAUGAAGAUGAAUUGCAACAAGACGAACAACAAAAAUUCCAGGCAACCCAACCUUACUUCAUAUAUAAUACUGACCCAACCGCAUCUGUCACAUCAAGACCCUUCUCUCGUCAAUAUUUGUCUCAACGUGUUUCCCAACCUUCUUCACCGUUACCGUGCCAUCAACAGAUGCCUUAUCAACAAAAAACCUCGGUCCAACAGCGAACUCCCGUAUCACGAACCGAAUAUUAUCAGCAGACUCCACCGUUCUCACAAAAUCGAGAUGAAGUACAAAAUGUAUUACCCCACACAAAUCAAAAAUCACGCAUAUCCGCGAAUUUUUCUCCACUCAAUAUCAUUGGGGAAGUAUUGUUAGAGAUCAAAAUACAAGCACACAGAACAUACAUAAAAGCAGACGUAGCCACAAAUCUGGUCAGGGGAUGUGGUAUUGAUGAACGUUUGGCAACAGGUAUACCUCAAGUAUUAGUUGGAAUGGAUCGUAUUCGAUAUUUAGUUGGUGAACGAGAAAUGCGUCAAUUACAAACACAAUAUGCAAUAAAUGACUGUUUAUCAUUAACAAAAUUAAUGUUUCCCGUCGUAUAUGAUUGGACACCAGAACAAGUGGAAAAUUACGAAACAUCAUUGCAAUCACCGCUUAUAUCACCCCGCACUCUUUGGUUGCGAGUUUUGGAACACUUUCAAGUGACCUAA